AUGGAAUUCACGCGGGUAGCACUUCGAAACCUGAACACCCGCCACUGGAACCGUCGCGUUUGGGAAAUUGGUUAUCGCGGACCGGUGUUGGCACAGCAGAAAGCAACCGGCCGGCCUGAUUAUCCAGUGUCCGCUGAUCGUGUGAACAUCCUUCGCGAGCGAUUGGCGCGCGAGAAAAUCGUCAUGGGACUCCUUACAAGGCCCUACACCUCGAAAGCCGCGGAAUUGGCGUACCUGGCGACCAAGGGUGUUAGCAGUUUAGAGGAGCUCAGAAAUAAGGAGAACGCCGAACUUGAUGCGAAAAGAAUGCCAGGAAAAGAGAAGAGAACGGACGGCUCAAAAGCGGCGGUGCGCCGACGAGCCAACAUCGGAAACCUGUUGCACCAAAACGCGACCGUUGAAGAUUCACUGGCGAGCCUGGCGAACAGAAAACGAUGGGAUUAG